UGGGUAAAUCAGAAAGAGCAGUUGUGUUUGGUUUGUGAAGCUGUCAAGAGCGGGAACUGAAACGCGGACAAUGAAUAAAAUAUGUGGGGUUCUUUGUGCCCUGAGCGUGCUGCUCAUAUCUUUCGCUUCUGGAAAGACAGUCGAGCGCCCAGGCAAUGUCACCGAAGUGACCCCAACAUCGACAACGACGCCACCAUCCCCGGGAAAACUGCUGUUGGCCAUACACUAUGAAGCCCUGUGUCCAGACAGUAUGUACUUUAUCCGCCGAAGGUUGUACGAUGCCCUGAAUAGCUAUAACUGGUGGCCAAACACUGACCUAAAGCUAUAUCCCUUUGGGAAGGCUGGGUUCUAUAACAAUACAGCAACAGGAGAACUUCAAGUAUUUUGCCAGCAUGGCGAUGAAGAGUGCGAACUGAAUGCCCUCCAUGCCUGCAUUAUCGAGACCUUGGAUAUCCAAAAUGCCUUUAAGUUGAUCUACUGCAUGCUAAGAUCCUACAGCAAUCAAUUAAAUAAAUGCUCCAGAGAAUUAAAUCUCGAUGUUAGCAAAGCCCGGGAAUGUAAGGCGUCUCGUAAAACCCCAGAAAUCUUGGCCCCCUAUGGAAAAGAAACUCUAAAACUAGGCAUCUCCUUUGUGCCAAGCAUUGUGUUUGAAAAUGAUUUUAAUCCCUAUGAGCAAAGCAGCAUCCGCUACAACUUUGAACGCUUCUUCUGCAAGGAGUACUUGAAAAAGUUCAAUAUUAAACUGCCUACAUGCGACUAGAUUUUUAAUAAUGUCUGUAUCUUGAUGAGUAAUGCUUUUUAAUGUCCCUAAACCAAUAAAUAAUAAUUAUACUCCACU